AUGCGCCAGGAUUGGGAUGUUCUGCGCUCACUGGUCCAUGGAUCAGGGGCUCAUCAGGGUGCUGAGGGGCGAGGGGAGAUGAGCAAUGGACCUGUGCAAAUUUUGGUGUCUGUCAGCCCUGGUCAACAAAAUGGGAGGAAGCAAAUGAUGAAACUGCGCUACAUAACAAAGUACUCUGAAGAAGAGUGUGAGUGUACUUCUAUCGAGGUUGAUGGUGAAUGUGCUUCAGCAGCCACAACAGAAUCACACAUCCUCUUUGACUCAAGCUUCAGGCACAAUUCUGAUCUGGCAGAGCCUAAUAUCUCAUAUUAUUUUUAUGAGGAAGACCUAAUUGCAGAACCAUGUUCUAAGGCGGAAGUCAGAGACUUCACAAAAGUAUUUCUGCCAGUUGCAUAUUCAUUGAUUUGUGUCAUCGGACUAGUUGGUAACAUCUUUGUAGUGAUGACUUUUACUUUAUAUGAAAGAACCAAGUCCAUGACAGAUGUAUACCUCCUCAACAUGGCAAUUGCAGACAUCCUGUUUGUUCUCACUCUCCCGCUGUGGGCAGUGAAUUAUGCUGUUGAUACAUGGAUUUUCAGUGAUUUCGUUUGCAAAAUGAGCAGAGGUAUCUACGCAAUCAACUUCAACUGCGGCAUGCUGCUUUUGACCUUCAUCAGUGUGGACCGGUACAUAGCUAUUGUACAGGCAACAAAGUCAUUUAAACUCAGGACAAGAAUGCUGGCAUACAGUAAACUGAUUUGUUUGGUUGUAUGGAUAGCAUCGGGUUUAAUUUCCACUUCCUCUUUCCUGUACAGUAAAAGUUUCACCUUCUCUGUCAAUGAAACCAAAGAGAUUUGUGAUCACAGGUAUGACAAACCUCCCAACAGCCUUACACUGAAAUUAUUGCUGCUGAUUCUACAAUUUGGAUUUGGCUUUUUUAUUCCUUUUGUUGUCAUGAUUUUUUGCUACACAUUCAUUAUCAGAUCCUUGCAACAAACGCAAAAUUCAAAAAGAAACAAAGCAAUCCGUGUGAUUGUAUUAAUUGUAGUCGUUUUCCUAGUUUGCCAGGUACCCCAUAACGUCGUUCUUCUCAUGACAGCCACAAAUCUGGGCAAGAUGGACAAAUCCUGUGACAGUGAAAAAAAAAUGGCUUAUGCAAAAUAUACCACAGAAGCCAUAGCAUUCUUACACUGUUGCUUGAAUCCCGUGCUCUAUGCAUUCAUUGGAGUGAAGUUCAGAAGUUACUUUGUGAAGAUAAUGAAAGAUCUGCGGUGCAUGAGAUACAAGAAAUACAGCAGCCGAAACUCAAGGACAAACUCUGAUACUUACCAUUCAAGACAGACUAGUGAAAUUCUGAGCGAAAAUGCAUCUUCUUUUACUAUAUAA